AUCAAAAAGAGGGGAAGGAUUUUUUUUCUUGACGUUUAAUUCAGGUCAAGAGUAUUCUUGCCUUUUUAGACACACCCUGGCCUCCCUGGUUCGUAUCAGGGAUUACCUUUUAUGGGCCGACAUUUGAAAGUGAGCGUCUCCUCGCAGACGUAUCUUGAGCAUUUUUAUACUUUAACCAUUUUAAUCUCGCCUUCACGUUCGGACAGUUUGACCAUCCUCGUACAGAAUUACCUUUGGAUCGGUAACGGUUGAGAAAAUAGCCAAGUACAUCCUGUCGUUCGUUUCAUUUACGUGAAAUUAGCGCAAGUAUACGUAUUUAUAGUCUCUUCGAAUAACAGUCAACACUGCCGUGUGUUUAAAUAAAAGAAAAGUACGUUUAUUACUUUUGAAAAUCAGUGUUAAAGGCGCAGUUGGUGUAGCUGGCGUGAUUUUGAACGUAUUCGUCAUUCAUAAUAAUAACAAUGUACGGAUAUAGUUAUCAGGAGUUGACUAACAGAAUGAUGUCAUCGGUGGAAGAAUUCCAGGAGGCAUUUCAGCUGUUUGACAGUCGUGGCGACGGAAAGAUCCACGUUGCCCAAAUCGGCGAUGCUCUACGGGCCCUGGGUCAAAAUCCGACUGAAUCCGACGUGAAGAAAUUCACCCACCAGCACAAACCAGACGAGCGAAUAAGCUUUGAGGUAUUCUUGCCAAUUUAUCAGGCUAUCAGCAAAUCCCGUACUUCGGAUACUGCUGAUGACUUCAUCGAGGGCUUGCGCCACUUUGACAAGGACGGCAAUGGCUUCAUCUCUUCUGCUGAGCUAAGACAUCUGUUAACGACACUAGGAGAGAAACUUAGCGACGAGGAGGUCGAGACCCUGCUGGCUGGUCAUGAAGAUUCACAAGGCAAUAUCAAUUAUGAGGAUUUUGUCCGUCAAGUUAUGUGCGGCUGAAUCAGUUACUUAAUCGUUCAAGAAAUCCUUUAUUCCCUUUUAUUAAUUGGGUAUUAACCUGCAGAUCUAUUUAAGCGUUCUUUUUUUUUGAAUUUACGUACAACGUACCUUCGCGUACCAAUUAGCAUAAUGGGUAGCGUGUGGUAAUUUAUUCUGAGAGGAAGAGUGUACUUUUUUAUAUUAACGAAAGUAUCGAUUAGUUCAUAAUUAGUCGAUAAACGAUAUAGCUAGUAAAGUGUUGUGCCUUGACCUAAUUAAAGAUCGCAAGCAUUUAGUAAAAUCGGUGACUGUAGUACACGAUCAUGACGUAUCAACAAUGUUACUGUCAUAAUUGUUGUGCAAACAUUCCAAAAUUUCUAAGCGCCAGUUUUCCAUCGACUUUGUAAAUUCGAUCUAUGUCUCUCCUGUAGCACCCUCGCCAUGUACUUCUUUCUGUAGCAAGGAAUACAAUCCGUGUGAUGAGAACUUCACGCAGCAUUCAUUGACCUUAUCAGAAAGCAAUUCCAUGCAGUUCGAUAACGGGAAUACGUCUUGUAAUAUAAUUCAAUAAAAACCAUCGGUUACUGUUGAA